AUGGCAGCAGCAUCUCUUCAAUGGCUGCCGGCUGCCGCUGAUGCCUCCUUGCCGUCGAGUACGGCGGUCCACCGCUCGACGGCAGGACAACUGUCGCUGCUCUCACAGUGUAAGAGCGACUUUUGCGGUAGCCGUCCGUGGUUCCGACACGGCGUGCUUGCGAGAGCUGGUGCAUGCGGGUUGCGCGAGCUGCAGGUGCCUUCUGGAUCUUCCCGGACGCGCCGCGGCAGGAGAGGGCUCGCCGUGCAUGCUGCGGUUGCCGACGUGACUGACCUUUCUCCGCCAACUCCUUUGCCGUCGUCGCUGGAGCUCGCAGUCCAGGUCGCGCCACUGCCCGCAUCCAGCCCUGAAUCCACCAUCCUCCCAUUGCCCCUCCUCUCCUUCCCAACUCAAAUCCUCGACCCCGCUUCGUUUCCGCUCUCGGAUGCGUCGCCUGCGCCGUCUGGUGCGGCGGCGGCCGAUGCCGAGACCGUCAUGAGCGUGUCGCUGUCGGCUGUCGAGCCGUCGUUGCGCCUGCAGCAAUCCGUGGCAUCGGCGGACGUACGCGCGGCGGCAGCGGUGGUGGAGGCGGUGGUGCUGGGGGAUGCGAUGGGGCCGCCGAGGUCGGUGGAGGAUGCGAUUCGCAUGGCGAUGCAGGGCGCCAUGGAGGGCAGCGACGGGGACGACACGGCGGCGGAGGAAGCGGACGACAUUGUGGCGCGCGCGAGCAACCCCUUCCGCAUGCGCGCACUUGAAGCGCAGCCCGCCGAACCUUCACCCGCUGCUGCGCCCGCCCCUGCGUUGACUGCUGCAGCAGACGCGGUGGCGGAUGCAGGGGAGAAGCUAGCGGAACUCGAGAGCGGGCUGCAGAGCGCCUUGCAGAACUUGCUGCCGCCACUCAACUGGCCAAACCAGUCCGAUUCUCCCGCCGACACGCCAACCAGCCCUGCGCCCGCGCCUCUUCCUGCACUCCGUGUCGCGGCGCCUCCAUCAGUCGCUUCUGCGCCCGCUGCGCUAGCAGCGCCCGCGAGCAGCGACGGCGAGGAUCUGUCCGCCAAGUACCCCACGCUCUUCCGCCUGCUGCGCGAGCCUUCCUCUCUGCUGUCCUGGGGAGACGGCGGCGGAGGCGAAGUGGCGGGCGAGAGGUGGGGAGUGGAGAGCGUGGUGGAGGCGGGAGAGGAGGCGCUGGAGCUGCUGGGGGGGGAGCUCGACAUCACGUUCCCCGACUUCCGCCCCGGGGACGCGCUUAUCGCGCUCUCCUCCGCGCUCAAGGACUUCAUGCGCCAGCCCGCCGACGACAAGAUUGCGCAGCUCGCGGCGGCCGGCGCGCUGUACGUGUACCUGACGGUGCGGCCCGGCGUGCUGGCCGGCGCCCUGGAUGCGUAUAUUGCGGCGCCGCUGCAGUCGCUGAGCGACACGGUGAGGGGCCGACGGAAGUUCCGACGCACGGACUUCGUGGUGGGACGGCGGCUGGGGGAAGGAAACUUCGGCACCGUGUACGAGGUACGAUGGGUGCAGGGUGCACGCGGUGAGGAAGGGGACGCGGUGGGGGAAAGGGGGAUCGCCUUGUGUGCUCUCCCGCUGGGCGUGACUGUGGCGGUGCAGGGCGCGCUGAAGAAGAAGGGCAAGGCGAGCGAGGAGGAGGAGUUUGGGCGCAGGUCCAGGCAGCUGGAAGACCUCGAUGAGCGCGAGAUCAAGAGCCGAGUCAUUCUCAAAAAGGUGAAGACGAGGGUGAUGGGAGGGGAGCAGAGUGGGGAGAUGGAGGAGUGGUUCAACCGCCGCAUGCAGCGCGUGGCACCUGAGGCCUGUGCACGCUUCAUGGGCUCCUUCACUGCUGAUGUCACUCGUGCCCAGUUCACUGAAGGGGGCAAGUGGCUCGUCUGGAACUAUGAGGGCGACCGCACAUUGCUGGACUACAUCCGCGACAGGGACUUCCCAGACAACGUGGAGGAGGCCAUCUUUGGCCGCGGGCAGGUGGUGCUGCAGGGCCUGGACCCCGUGGCACGGCAGGCUGUGACAGUGAAGCAGGUGCUGCGCCAGGUGCUCAUCUCACUCAAGAAGAUGCACGCCACGGGCAUCGUGCACCGCGACCUCAAGCCCUCCAACCUCGUGCUCACCAACAGCGGCCGUGUGAAGCUGAUUGACUUUGGGGCCGCGGCUGACCUGCGCAUUGGCAUGAACUACGAGCCCGAGCUCGCCCUGCUCGACCCUGACUAUGCCCCCCCGGAGCAGUUUGUGCUGCCUGAGGAAACACCCAGCCCACCUGCAGCACCCAUCGCUGCCAUGCUCUCCCCAGCACUCUGGCAGCUGAACCACCCGGACCUGUUUGACACGUACAGUGUGGGCAUCAUCUUCCUGCAAAUGGCAUCGCCCACACUGCGCUCGCCAGCGGGCCUGCAGACGUUCAAGAAGGAGCUCAGGGCAGCGCGCUAUGACCUCAAGCGCUGGCGCCGGGAGACGCGCAUGCGCCCCGACCUGCGCGUGCUGGAUCUGGAGGGCGGGGCAGGCUGGGAUCUUGCUACACGCCUUGUGUGCGAGAGAGGCACUUGGCGCAAGGGACGCCUCUCCGCUGCAGAGGCUCUGCGCCACCCAUACCUGCUUCUAGGCGUGGACCAGGCUGCCACUGCCUUCUCCAAGCUUACUCUUUCUAGAUAG